AUGGCGACCAAGGCUACCGCCGUUGGGUCGGCUUCAUGGAUCACAGCCGAGAAGGAAAAUGCCGUCCAGUUGCUGCAAAAUGAGAAAGAGGAGGUGGUGUUUCCUGCACAACAUCAGCUCGAAUGGCUCAACGAGCAUAUGGCCGAGAUCUUUAGCAAAAGCCAUGUUGAUGUGACCAAUGUCUUCAAAACGCCGGGAAAGAUGCGAGGGAAGACACCUCGUACAGCGAGAAAGCGCAAUGUUCAAGACGCAAGAAUACCUUUGAGCGAUGUCUUCUCGUCCAAACCCUUACCACGCCAAAGCCCUCCAAAACAGGCGAAUCAGACCAAACUUCGAUUCGAGAUCGCUACCGAUGUGGUUGAAGAGAACCAUCCACCCGGUAAAUCCCAGACGGACUCUGGUUACCAGGGUUCCAGUCAAGAUGACAUGGAAAUUGACACCGAGGUCCAUGCCUCCCCCAAAAUAAAACCGACCCAGACGCAGGCUGCAGAUGUGGAAGACAUUGCGGCUCAUCAUCAGAACACCGAGGACUCUGAGAACGAAGAGCAUCGCACGACUGACGGGUCAUUUCACUCGGCGAAAGAGGAUCAAACAACGAAAGUGGUGGGCACGGAAGCUACAACAAGGGAACUGGGACCGCAAGUUAUACAAGAUGACACCCGGCAGGAUGUUCAGAACCGGCAAUCUGAAGAGCAGCCCGCCGAUAUUCACCAUGACUUGGAUGAAAUUGGUUCUCCCUCUGACGAGUCGACACCCGACCGGCCCUUGGUGAGGAAAGGCAGUCUUACUUUUGCUGCCCUUCCCGCACGAGAACCUCUGAAGACUAGUAUCGGGGCGAGAAUAUCACGGACCAGUCAACUUGAACCGCCUCGCUCAAACCGGCCGAAUUCGUAUGGAGUCCGACAAGCUGUCACGUUGAAUCAUGCUGAACGGAAAUCUACUCACGAAAACAGCAAGGAUCCUCCCGUGAAUGAUUCGGAAGAUGAUGAGGAAACCCAGACGGCCCAAAACUACUCCAAGUCGUCCACACAAAGGCUCCACGAAAAGAUCGAUAUGCUGGGAAAAGCUCCUCCUCCGCGGCCGUCCAAAUCCAUCCCAUCAACUGCCCCAUUGGCUAAUGUGAAAAACCCGGACCGCGCAGAACGCAUUGGUGCUCAUACAACCUCCAAUGAUGAUGAGGACGACUGGAUAAAGCCGUUGACCUCACCCAACGCGCCCAGAUAUUCUCCCGCAAAGGGCUUGGUGACGAACAAUGAGGCGCAUUCGGAUGAGGAAGAAUUUGACGUCCGAGCCCCCGAAUUGAUUGCGCAUGAGGAGCGGACGCGGACUCCGGUCCGGAUGUCUCCUGGACCUGGCAAGAUCAUGCCUGGUUUUGGCCAUACCAAAUCGGCGUCGACGGCCACUUUGGCCUCGCCAGCGAAAGCGGCGAUGACACUUCCAGCGAGCCCGGCGAAAUCGAUAUCGGUCUCGAAUCCCACACAGGCCACGACCACUCCACAAGGCUCUCCGAGACGCUAUUUAGAUUUGAGUGCCUCCAAGUCGAAGCUGCAGUCUAUCAUGAAGACGGCGAAGGGCCUCUUCACGACCAGUGCGAGCGUUUCCGCCGCUGCGAAGCUGGAGACAUUGUCACCAAAUGCGCUGAAGGCUGCAGCAAGUUCUAUGCCGGGACUGUAUCCCAACCUCAAUGAAUUGAUCGAGGACAAGCCUUUACCGGCAACUCCACCCAGGGAAUGCCGGAAGACCCGCAGUUCCACCGAGAGAGAAAAGGAAGAGAAACGAAAAGAGAAAGAAGCCCAGCUGAUGCAACGAAUGGAUGACCAAUUGGAAAAAGCUCGAGAGAAAGAACGGCGAAAGGCUGCAGAACAAAAGCUCGCCCAGGAAAAAAUAUCGCGGUCGAAAACAAUCGAGCAUACAAGGCCCCAGGGUCAGGCUGAGGAGCACGCACCACACGAACCAGUCGAACCAGCGCCACCGGUUGCAAAGCCCGCUCGACCGUUAAGGCCUGGACGAGAACCACCGGUCAACAAAGCGAAGCCUGCUCCUGUAUCGAUUCGUGUCGGAACGAUGUCACAACGAAUGCCGAUCAAUUCUGCACACGCGGGCUCGAACACACAAGAGACCUAUUCCGCGGAGCCGAAACGUCCGGGAUUGAAUAAGAAGGCCAGCUCCGCCUCGCUGCAGUCGACCACCUCGAGCACCUUCAAAUCAUCUGUCCACGGUCAGCCAACCAAACCGAGGGCUCUUCUGGCCGCCGAACGAAAGAAGGAACAGGACGAACGCGAGGCUCAGAGAAAGCUGGAGCAAAAGCGAGAAAUUGAACGCAAGCGAGCUGCUCAACAAGAAGAGGCCCGAAAACAGGAGCAGAAGCAACGGGCAGAAGCCGAAAGACGAGAAAGAGAAAGGCUGGCCGCGGAGCAAGCUAAGAGACAGGCUCAGCAACAAGCGAUUGAAAGAAAGCGUCAGGAGGCCGCUCGAAAGGCAGAGCAGCAACGAUUGGAACGUGCCGUAAACGAAGCCGCUCAAUCGGGACCUUCUUCGCGACUCGGUGGUCAAACUCUCAGCCGGUCUUUGAUCAACCAUCCGCUGCCGACAAACCCGGCGAAGCCUGCAAAGAGACCUCUGGAGGACGAGGCGACGUCAUCACGACCCCCCAACCCGAAAUAUGGAGUGGGGUUGCCCCAGGCCGAUGCGAAGAGGCGAAAGACUGAGGAUGAAAGCACCGCUGAACCUGCCUCUCGCCCGGUGGUCUCCGGUGCCCCUAUUCGACAAUCACAGCUUGGAAAGAAACCGUCGACCUUCAACCACAGCACUUACACACAGGCACAACCUUCUUCGUCUCAUCUCGGCCAAUUUCCUCCGCCUCCCAGUCGUGCGGCUCCCCCACAAAUGCAGCAAUAUGCCACGGGAGCUAAAAUUCCUUUCGCGGAUGCUCCCAAUCCGCCGGCGCCUACCAAGACACCCGUCCCGAUGAUGCAGCAGCGGACGAUCCAGCCCGUCAAAUCAUCACCACAAUAUCCCAACGGCGAGUCUAUUCAUUUGCCCGAAAUUCCAACCGACUCGGAAGACGAAGAUUCUGACGACGAAGGCAACGCAUUCCCCAUUCCCGACUGGGCCACUCCUGGUCACCUAACAGAACAGCUCAUCCGGCAAGAAGGAAUGGACGGAGACGCUGUCUUUGGACCGAUUGCACCGCUGAAGAUGGAGGAGAUCUUCGCGAAGGGAAACAAAGAUAGACUCAAGCGACUUCGAGACCGGACGAGUAGCGCCAAUUGGGCUUUUAGUGGCGAUGGAUUGACGCUCGAAGAAGUCAGGGCAGAUCGCGAAUUACGAGAACGUAUGAGGAUCGAGGGAGGAUGGAGGUUUGGUUCCUGA